UGGAACAUAAACAGCAUCAAUGUCUUUGAGCUGUCAAUCAACUUGAGAUGGACCAAUCAGCAUCGAGUGGUGUGGUCUGGACUGGGCUGUGAUUGGAUGAGUACGGAGUGUUUACCCCUCGUCUCCCUGCAGGCGAUGUUCUGCUGUUACCCAUGGUGGAGUCUGCAGGACAGGACAUCAGCAGCUGGUUCGACCCUGAAACCAGAGACGUGCGGAAGUACGUGGACCCCGUGACUAACUGUGUGAGGUACUACACCCCCAGGGGGCGCUUUCUGCACAUCCCCCCCGCCGGCCCUCGCUCCGACUGGACCACUGGCGUCAGUAAGCCGUGGUGGAGGGACGAGCGCUACCAGGUGGGACGUCUGUCCACCAAGACCAGGUGGAUACGAGUCAUCAACACACUGACGUCACAGGAGCAGAGACUACAGGUGAGCUGUCCACACAUCUCACCUGUCCAGGUAACCCUCACAUGUACAGGUACUCCUCACCUGUCCAGGUAACACUCACCUGUCCAGGUAACCCUCACCUGUCCAGGUAAUCUUCACCUGUCCAGGUAACCCUCACAUGUCCAGGUAACCUUCACCUGUCCAGGUAAC